AUGGAAGAUAAUAAUCUGAAUAACGUUCUUAAAAAUGAUGAAGUCCCAGCAAAAUCUGUAGAAGGCUGGAUAAUUAUCAUAACAAAUAUACACGGAGAAGCCAGAGAUGAUUACAUAAAAGAAGUUUUUGAAAAAUUUGGACAAAUAAAAAAUUUACAUUUAAAUAUAGAUAGAAGAACAGGUUUUCUAAAAGGAUAUGCAUUUCUUGAAUAUGAAAAUUUUGUAGACGCAAAAAGAGCAAUAGAUGAAAUGGAUGGUACUAUGCUACUAAAUCAAGAGAUACAUGUAGACUGGGCUUUUGUGCAAGAAAAAAGUAAAACUUGA